UUGGACAAGCUGUGAUAAUCCAAAUUUAGGAAUCGGCUAAUGAAAAGCAACAGAUCACUGCGAUCAAGACAACAUUCGAAUGUGCUCUGUAGACAAUGUCUGCCGGUGUGAACUUAGAUGAUUGUCCACUGUCGACAGAUAUGAAGGAGAGUAGCGGUGCUUCGUGUGACAUCCCAUCUGUGGGAGAGCUGGAAUGUGUUUUAUAUGGUGGUAAAAAGACCUGUAACCACGUGGAUGAAGUGUGGCCUGACUUGUUCCUUGGAGACAUGUCGAUGGCCCAUGACCGGUAUGGUUUAUGGAAGCUGGGCAUUACGCAUGUCCUAAAUGCAGCUCACGGGAAAAUGUGUUGCCAGGGGAGUCAUGAUUUUUACGGGACAACUGUGGACUACUAUGGGGUGCCAGCUAAUGAUUUGCCAACAUUUGAUUUAUCUCCCUACUUCUACCCCUCAGCACAUUAUAUUCAUGAGACUCUCAAUAUUCCAAACGCCAAGAUUUUUGUCCACUGUGCAGUUGGGGUCAGCAGAUCUGCAUCCCUGGUGCUGGCAUACCUAAUGAUAUAUCAUCAUUUGUCACUGAUGGAUGCCAUUAAAAGGGUAAAAGAGAACAGGUGGAUUUUCCCAAACCGAGGAUUUCUGAAGCAGCUAAGACGACUAGAUGCAACUUUACGCAGGGAAAAGAGCGUAGAAUGAGGACGGGCAAAGUCAGAGAGAAGGGAAACUCAGAGAACUUCACAUUUACUCAAUUUUAAAGCUAAACUUCAUGUGGUAUUUAGAAGAGCUUUUUUUUCCCAGGGUGAAUCUGUAUUUUAUCUAAAAUAAAUGAAAGACUUUACCAUCUGCUUUGUGAGCAUUUUGGACUGAACAUUUUAUAUUUUUUAUAUAUAAAUAUAAAACGUGAAGAAUAUGUUUAGAGUAAAAUAAUUAAUUAAAUGAUGUAAAAUUAAACAAUGGGUAAUGAUAAUCAUGUCUUUAUUAAUAAAAGAUGAUUUUAUAUUAUUCAGCAUAA